AUGCAGAACUCGUCGCGGCCACCACCGACGACGGGAUCUCCAUCAUACUUACCGACACCGGCCGAGGUGCUUGACGGCGUGCGAUGGCUGCGCGAGAACCCGGCGAUCGCCGCCGGUGUAGUGGUGGGGAUUACCAGCUACUCAGUAGCCAAGUACUAUGAGUACGGCGAGGAUAGUGACGAAGAGAACGACGAAGACAACCCAGCUAAUGGCCAAGUAACACAGGAUGAGAUUGCAAGGUCCGUGACUGCGCUGCACCUCGGACUGCUCAAGAUCGACACGAAGAAGGACCUUCGACACAGCGGCGCCGACAGCUCCGCCAGUACAGAGUCGUCUCUCGGUAGCUCAGGUGGACUCCGCUCGCGCGCCAGCUCCGUCUUCGACAAGGCCCAUCACGAGGACAUGCAAUUUCAAGAGCAUACCGGCGAGCAAGUCUGGUCCUGUUUGCACGAAGGAAAAUGUCCACCAGGAGAAGAGUGCAGCGACCCCGCGUGGGGCUGGUACAUGGCUUGCUGCUUUCAUCCAAAACAUGCGGCCACCAAUUCUUUACUUCUACUGUACCACCCGCAGACGGAGGACGCCAUGACGUACUACCGAUUCGGGCAGCGGCUCAAGAUGACCCGCGCAGUGGCCAGGGCAAUGGCACGCUCCUCUGCGGGCAAGCAAAACUCAGCUACUAUCGAGAAACUGGUGCAGACCAGCAAGAAUCGCUUCGGCAGCGCCGUGGCUCGGCCGCUUGGUGCUGCGCUUGCGACGUUCCUGGACUCGGGAGUUGCGUUCAACACAUCGUCCGAGUUCCUGUACUUCGACGGCGAAGAUGACGACGGAACGUAA